UCGGCUCCCGCUUCUCCCAGACCGCUUCCUCCCCACACCCCCGCCACGCGAGGCUGCGGCGCACGGUAUGGGUGUGUUUGUGUGUAUUUGUGUGGGGAGGGCGUUUGGAGGGAAGGUUACCGGGAGCUCCGUGGCCGCUGAGGGGCAGGGAUCCCGGUGACGAAGAUGGGGGUGUUUUCUCUGUCUUCCACUCGGAAGCCCCAACCCCCCCUUCAGCCACUCUAGUUACUUUUUGCGGCCCAGUCGAGUAUCUUACCGGUCCAAAGCGUCCCCAUCCUUUUGGGGAGCGAAACCCAAUCCCCGGGUCCGUCCCAGAGGAGCGGGAGCGGGGAAUGCCCCAGCCAACCCGGCCGCCCGGAUUCCACGCCGGAGCAGCCUCCGGCCUCAGUCCGGAGAGAAAUCUGCCGGUCGGUCUGGGCUGGGGGAAAGGCGGCCGUGGCCUGGACCACGGGUGAGGGCGGAAUAACCGGUGGGAAGGCUGCGUUUUCACAAAGGACUUGGGUGAAGCUGCAGAGCUGCUUUUGAGCCCUGACUCCUUGGUUUCCCCGGUCGGAGGAGAUCUUGUAAUGGAGUGGUUCUUCGUCUCACACUAACAAGAUGCCUGAUUUCCUCAGGAUGGAGGGAUUGAAGAAUGUCGCGAGUUCCUUUGGGGAAGGUCCUCCUGAGGAAUGUCAUCCGACACACAGAUGCUCACAAUAAGAUUCAGGAGGAAUCAGAUAUGUGGAAAAUAAGAGAACUGGAGAAACAAAUGGAAGAUGCUUACCGGGGGACCAAAAGGAAAAUGUUACCUAGCAGUUCAAGCCGGAUGCGUAGUGAUGGUUUUGAUGAAGAAGCUCAAAGCGACUAUUGGAGGCCAAAGAAUGAAAUUUCUGGUGCACUGGAUGAUGAUUUUCUUAAGGCUAAAUCCUGGAACAAGAAGUUACAUGAUUAUGAAGCUAACAUGCCGGACAGAUGGGGUCACAGUGGAUAUAAAGAGUUAUACCCUGAAGAAUUUGAAACAGACAGCGAUCAGCAGGAUAUUACCAAUGGGAAGAAAACAUCUCCCCAGGAAAAAUCAUCUACUCACGAAUCUCACAAACACAAGAAGUCAAAGAAAUCCCACAAAAAAAAGCAGAAAAAAAAGUCACACAAGAAACAGAAGAAAAGCAAAAAGGAAGCCACAGAUGUAAUAGCAGAUUCCUCAAGCGAGCUCUCAGAAGAAACUGGGGCUUCUAGUACCAGGAAAAGGAAACAACCACAUAAGCGCAAGAAAAAAUCCAGAAAAAAGUCUCUCAAAAAAUCUGCUUUAUUCUUAGAGGCAGAAAAUGACACUUCCCAGUCAGAUGAUUCCGCAUCCAGCAGUUCUGAGGAAAGUGAAGAAAGAGACACUAAGAAAACCAAAAGGAAAAAGAGAGAGAAAAAAGUCCACAUCCCUGUGGUUAACAAUGAAAUACAGGAGAGGACAAACAAACGCACAAAUUGGAAAGUGGCUACAGAUGAAAGGUCUGCUGAGAGCUCAGAGGACGAUUAAAGGAGAAAGAAACAUUCUUCAGUUUCCCGAGUGACCGGAGAUUCACAGCUCUUACACCUUGGGGUUUUGCCGGUGACUCGACCGCUCAGCACAGGGGGCCUGAGAUCAGAGCCGUCCUGUGCCACCUGUGUAUGUUCUGACAGACUUCUUGUCUUCUAUUUUGGCCUGUUAAACUUGAUCCUCUAAUUGUUAAUGGAGAAUCUGGUAUUUUGUUACGAAGGUUUCUUAGAGAGAUUAUUUUUUCGCAGUUAAUCACAUUUAGCAUAGAGUGCACCUGCAGGAGACUAAAGGCCCCAGAAAGCUGAAUCCAGUAGUGACCUGGCUAUACCAGUUGGAAGGUUGAAUUUGAGGAAAGCAAGGGCUGGGGUCAAGACGUGGACUGGAGCUAGUGCUGUGUAGUGGUAUGACCAGGGAACGUCGUGUUGCUGUUUGUACAGCAGGUGCCGCAACUUGAUUUUUUUUUGGCUUCAUCCUUGGUGCUUUGAUCUUUCUGUAUUUCGGCCCCACAGGUGUGAUCUAGUUUACUUACUGAGGAAAUGAGCAUAUGAACAAGCAUUUUCUCUUCAGAUAAUAUCCACAGACAGCUGUUGUUGGUAGAGAUGAGGGUUUUCUGUCCAGUUUCCCUGUUGGACAGGGUCUGUGGCUACACUCAGUAUACCACUGAGCAUGGUGAUUGGAUAGUAAAGUUUUCUAGUUCCAUUGUUGUUUAUUGACUAAGUGGACUUGUGUUCAAAAUUAGUUCCUCAGUUUUCUUAGUUAAGUUCUCAGCCAAAUGGGGAAGAAUUAGGCAUUAGUCAUGCUGUCUAAUGGUGCUCUGGACAGGAUUCAGGGCAGGAACUGCCGUUUAAAUGUUGUCUUCCUUGUUCAUUUGUAAAUCUGUUAAUGAACUUUAGAUUUUCCCUGAAACUACUUUGAAUCAGUUCCAAAAUGAAAUUGGCUUCUCAGGGACAUAGCUGUUUCUUCCUAGUCUGCCUUUGGAUUAAAGCACCAAGCAGAGACCUUUGUUACUUCCCCUUUGCUAUAUUUGGACCCCUAAUAUGUUCAUUCUUAAGAAACCAAAAUACCACUGAAAAAAGGCUGGCAGAACACAAAGGAAUUUUUUCAUUAUGGCAGAUCAAGUGAUGUAACAUUGUUUUUUCCUUGUUGUCACUUCAUGGGCUGAGUAAAAGGCUUGAAAACUCAGACUUUUGGUCUUGGUUCUGCCACUCAUAGGCUAUGAGGUCUGGGGUAGGUAAGUCAGCCUCCUUGGCCUUUCCCCAUGUGUAAUACAGAAACACUUCAUGGUAGCCUGACAGCGUAAGACACCAGCAAUAGAAUACGGCUAUGACAACAUUCCACUGACGUGGUAGUAUUUUGUAGUUAUAAACUGUUAAAUUUGUUCUCUAUACAGAACAGAUUUCUAAUAAAAUGUUUAAUCAUAAAAUACGUGGUUGGCCAGAGGUUCCCUAUCCCUUGAUUAUAAGCAGGUGCUACCUUUUGCAAUAUUUAUUUAAAAUAUUAAUACUUUGGUACUCAGUUGUUGAUGAUCCAUGGUGUAUAUUUUUAUCUUUGGGAUUAGCAGGGGCCCAAGGAUGGAAGAACAGUCUGUAAUUACUACCUCUUAACCUAAAGUUAUUGUUCUUGGAGCAAGUGAAAUCUUUGUUGGAAAGAGUUUUCAGCAUUUUUUUUUUUAGCAUUGUUUCUGUGCUAUGAAAGUGUUAAUUCUAAGCAGACUCAGGAAGAUGGGCCAGUGGAAUGAGGCAUCUCCAGAAGUUGGUUCUGUUUGGGUCUUGACCUUCCCUUCUCAUACUAGCAGGCCUCUUUCCAGCGAAUACACAUCUUGCCUGUUUUGUUUUUUUGCUGUUUACCUUGGUCAUGUAUAAGCAAUAAAGCUGUUUUCUGUUCUUUA